UAAAUAAAUAACUGAAAAAUUGAUUAAUUCAAGUGCGUGUUUUCUAUUCAAUAAAAGUCGAUCAUUUCGAUCGCUCGAGAUCACUUUCGAGGUGCUAAAAAGUCAACGCAACGCAACCUGAAACCCGACUUCGAUUCAACUUACUCGAUUGGAUUGGAUUGGAUUGGAUUACAGCACAUAACAUCGUUCAAAAGACUUAAAUCGAACAUCAAAUCACAAACUCAAUUUAAAUGAACUGUUUAAACUUUUUGUGAUCUCUCUUCGAAACGCCAAAUGAUACGGAAUCACUUCUUUUAGCACAAAGCAUCGCAUUAAGCACAUCAGAUUCACCAUUCGUCGCAUUUCUUCCUUUAGCAGAAACAAUUUCACGUAAAUUUGACCUGAUGACUAUGGCAGAAGGUACCGACCCCAUGGGGCAUCAUGCAAAUUCCCAUCAUCAUCAUCAACGUCAACACUAUCAGCCGCACCAGCACAGCCAACAUUAUGCGCCAUAUGCGCAUCUGCAGUAUCCUUUGCCGCAGCAUUUUCCAUUGACGCUGAGCUUGCAGCAACAGGCUAUGGCGGCUGCUGCUGCAGCAGCUAUUGUCGCAGAACAGCACACCAAUAAUAAUGAAUCUUUACUGGCCAACAACAAUAACAUCAGCAACAACAACAACAAUAACGUUAUGCCGUGGAAACAACGCAAGCGCCGACGUCUCUCAGCUGUGGUAGAUAAAUUGCACUACAACAACAACAAUGUCGCUACUAACAAUAAUAAUAAUUCCGAAGUCGAUGAAUCGUUGGAUAUUAAAUUAGAAGACCUGAGCAACGAGAAUGAGAAUGAGGCUAAUUUCAACAACAACAAUAACAACAUCAAGAAAUUGCACGGUACACUUCAUAACAAAUGCGGUGGCGCGAGUGCGGAUGAAGCCGAAUCGGAACAUAUGUCGAAUUGUGACAAUGACAGUCCGCGCAUAAGCAUGAGUCCUUUACAGUUAUUAUCAAAUGACUGUAAGCAAAUGCCGCCUAUGAGCGCUAUAUCGAAUACAAAGUUACUGGAGGACAAUCCUCUGCACGUCGAUAUUAAGACUGAACAUCACCUGCCAAAUCCAUACGAUCGCUACUUCCCCAUACCAUCACCACUCUUCGGUUACUAUUUGCAUACAAAAUAUUUGAAUGAAGUAUUUCGUCGAAGACAGGAUCUUUAUCCUUCACCCAUGCAGCACACACCCUCUUCAAUCUCUUCUUCAUUGACUGACGAAAUUUCACCCACAAGCCAAACAAAGUCGUUGUCUGCACAUAUGGCACAUACACCGCCACUGCCGUUGACUACUAACACCCAAUACGGAACUAUUCUCGGACAGAAAUCACCUACGCCGACAGUAUCCAUUGCUUUACCAUCACCUCCACGCAGUGAAGCCUCAACACAUGCUACACGCUCAGCACCUUCUUCACCUUCAUCCCAUGUCGCUAACACAUCUGAUCCAACCAUCAUGCCACCACCCCAAGAUCGCCCUCUGGACUUAACAGUACAUAGUCGUGGCAACACGCCCACUAAUGAGCUGAGCGCUAAAAAAUUUAAAACCCUGACACCACCACCACAAGCUACACCAAAAAUGAUGUUGCCACCAAGCCAGCAUUCACUAUCCGCAGUUAGCAUUCCUUCAGUAUCGCCAAGCAGCACAAGUUCAAUCAUGACCGCCGCUACUAACACAUCAACAUCCAGUUCUGCUCCAGUUUCACCUUACAGUUUACCGCACGCCGCUGCCGCAGCUGCACAUGCCGCUGCUGCAGCCGCAGCUGCUGCUAUGAUUAAACUGGAAAUGCCAAUGCACACUAUGCAUCCGCAUAAUACCACCACAACAAUUGUAGGCGUGCCCGUUAUAAAAGGUGAUGUCGCUUCACCCACCACAAAGGAAUCUGUUGCUUGGCGUUACAAUCUGGAUGUUUCACCUGUUGUCGAAGAAAUGCCUCCAGGUUCUGAUGUCGCAUAUGCAUGUCCUGUUUGUGGUCAAAUGUUCUCGUUACAUGAUCGCCUUGCCAAACACAUGGCAUCACGCCAUAAAUCCCGAAAUCCAACUAACGACAUUGCCAAAGCCUACUCUUGCGAGGUGUGCAAUCGCUCAUUUGCACGUUCUGAUAUGUUGACACGUCACAUGCGGUUGCACACUGGCGUCAAGCCGUACACGUGCAAAGUGUGCGGUCAAGUGUUCUCCCGUUCUGAUCAUUUAUCAACGCACCAGCGCACACACACCGGCGAGAAACCCUACAAAUGUCCGCAAUGUCCAUAUGCAGCGUGCAGGCGCGAUAUGAUCACGCGACACAUGCGAACACAUACACGCUACGAAUCACAGCAACAACAACACCAGCAGCAGCAACAACAACGCACGGGCAAUUUCAACAACAACAACAACAAUUUAACGCUAUUGAACAACAAUAACAAUUCCGGCAGCAACACAACAACCGAAUCAAAAUCUCCACGGCCUCUAUCAGCAGAUGUGAAAAUGAAUUUGCCGAUACUGUUAAAGAACGAGGAUCCAAGUAUGCAUUCUGGUCUGGGUGCUAAUAUGCCGAUCGUUGUCAAAACAGAAAGCGCUUAGGGACGUUCAAAGGAGGUAUUUGAGUGUACAAGUUUAUCGCGACACAUAUACACAAACAGUAAUUCAUACUCAAACACUAGUAGAAUUCGUACUCAACCGAUGAUAUUUAAACGCGCUCUCUCGAUUGCGAUGAGAAAGAGAUCAACCAAGCGCAAAUAUACGAAGAGUAGCUUAGUUUAACGUUUAUACGAUACGACAAAAAUCUCUCUGCAAAGACUGAGAAUUAAGUUUAAUUCAGUUUCUUAAUUAAUUUACUAAAAUAGGUGUUAAGGCAUUAAAAUAGUUAUAAGUUAUAAGGAAAGUUAUGUCAGAACAUACCUGACAUAUGCAGACUUCAUCAAGUUCCAAAAAAUUAUUAGAUUUGUAAGUUGAAAACAUUUUUAUGUAUAAGAAAUCGGUGGGUGAGCUAAACACAUAAUUAUCAGUAAUGCUUCACUAAGGUUCUUUCUUAAACGUUGUUAUCAUUAGCUCGAAGAACAUGUCAUAACGAUGGAUAUAGAAGAGUAAUUUAAACAUAAUUUGAAAAUAAAUAAUUGAUUCACCGUUAAGCCCUUGUUAGAUUUGUAUUUAUGUCACAAUUUACAAUCCAUUCUUCUUUCUUAACAGCUAUAUAUUUGUGGUCUCUCUCUCUCUCUCUCUCUGCAUUUCUUCUCAA